GCCAUCGUUCUGGUCGGAACCUUCGAGCGAGAGCCCAGUUUAUCGGAGAGCCUGUUUAUCUGCAGCACCGACACAUGUGACAGCAACCAUGGCUAACCGUUUAUGUGGCGUGCUGGGAGAUUGUCUAAAGAAAAUAAAUGUCAAUACAGCGCAUCCAGAGGAUUUUUUAAGCCUUCAAGAUGGAGUGGCAGCAGAGUUUACUCUGCUCACUAAAACCCUGUAUGACCUUCACAAGGCUCAGGAGCCUUCAGAUUAUAAAUGCAGCCCAUUGGUCGAGCUGGUGGUGGAAAACUUUGAUGAAGAGCAGAUCUGGCAGGAGCUGGAGCUGCAAAACACUGCUGUAUUAAAGCAUUUAAAAAAUGCUAUUGGCAAGGCCAUUUCAGAUGACACAUUGAUGUUAUGGGAGGAAGAAGAAGAGGAGGAUGAAGAGGAGCAGAACAUUGAUGAUGCGCAAGAAGAAACUGAUGAUGAAAAUGAUGCAGCAGAAAUAAAGAAAGAACUACCAAAGCAGUCUAAGAAAAUGGUUGCUUGUGGUUCUGAGGAAUCCAGUAACGAGGACUCGGACUUAGAUUUCGAUGUUGACGCCUUGGAGAAGUUUGAGAAAAAGAAGAAAGCAACUGGGAGCAAAGACUCAAAAAUCAAGUUGGUUCCCUCUGAGGUUGAUGAUAAGUUCUUCAAGUUGUCAGAGAUGGAGUCAUUUUUGGAUGAUAUGGACAAACUAGAAGGAAAAGAGGAUGAGGAUGAAGAUGGCAUAGACUAUUUUCAUGACUUGCCAUCUGAUGAAGAUGAUGACCUUGAUCUCGAAAAAUUGUCUCACAAAAAACAAAAGAAAAAUGCUGUAGAGAGUUCUAGGAAUCUUAAGUACAAAGACUACUUUGAUGAUGUGGAUAGUGAACCAGGUGACCAGUCAGGUGGUGAAGAUGAUGGCAUGGAUGAGAGUCAGCAAGAGGAUGAUGAUGAUGAUCAUGUGGACAGUGACUAUAAUGGUGAAGAGGAGGACGGCGAUGAAGAAACAUUUAAAGAUGAACAGAGGGGCCAGUCUACAAUGGCAAAUAAAAGAGUGACCUUUAACCUCUCUGGAGAAGACGACAGUGAGGGUGAGGACAUGGAGGACAUUUUUGGAGGAAAACCCUUGAGCUCAAAAGAUGAAUCCAAAUCAUCUUUUGAGAAAAGACAAGAAAAGAUGUCACAGAAAAUCAAGGAGCUGGAGAAAGCGGCUUUAGCUGAGAAACCGUGGCAGUUGUCUGGAGAGGUAUCGGCUCACACCCGACCAGAAAAUAGUAUGCUUGAAGAAGAUGUGGAGUUUGAGCAGGCAUGCAGGAUGGCUCCUGCUAUCACAGAAGAAACAACUCUGCAGCUUGAGGACAUCAUCAAACAGAGGAUUAAAGACCAGGCAUUUGAUGAUGUUGUCCGUAAGGAGAAACCGAAAGAGGACGUGUUUGAGUACAAGAAAAGGCUAACGCUGGAUCAUGAGAAGAGCAAGCUGAGUCUAGCAGAAAUCUAUGAGCAGGAAUAUCUCAAACAAAGCCAGCAAAAGACAGAGGAGGAAGAAAACCCCGCCCAUGUAGAAAUUCAGAAGCUCAUGGAUUCACUUUUCCUAAAGUUGGAUGCUCUGUCCAACUUCCAUUUCACACCUAAGCCUGCCAUCCCUGAGGUGAAAGUGGUGUCUAACCUGCCAUCUGUCACAAUGGAGGAGGUGGCACCAAUCAGUGCUAGUGAUGCAACACUGCUUGCACCAGAAGAAAUCAAGGAAAAGAACAAAGCUGGAGAUAUCCUGGGUGAUUCUGAGAAGACAUCAACAGACAAGAAGCGUGACAGGCGCAACAAGAAGGCUUUGAAGCGUCUCAAAAUCAAGGAGAAAGAGAAGAGACAGAAACUUAAAGAAGCCCGUAAAGCUGGAGAAAAACAGAAGCCAUCAAAGGCUGAAAUGAGAGAAAACCUGAAGAAGCUUACAAAAGGAGGCAAAGCCAUAAUACUCAAGGAUGAGGGAAAGGACAAGGCUCUGCGUUCUUCUCAAGCCUUCUUCUCUCAGCUGCAGGAUCAGGUUAAAAGUCAGAUCAAAAAGGCAAAGGAUCCGUCUUCAAAGAAGAAGAAACGAAAAGAACUGUCGGCCAGCAAACUCAAGUUAUAAUUAUGAUGUACUGUUAUUGUAGAUUUUAAUGUACAGUCUUUUUAUGAGAAAUCUGCAAGAGGUUUGUAAAAUGUUUUCAUUCCCACAAAUGUAAAAUCUGGUGCCUAGAAAUGUGUAAAUGCCAGUGACUAUAAUCUGUUCAUCUGCUAUAAUAAAU